UCUUCGACGUGAUCCAACCCUUCCGAGGACACUGAAUGCGUUUGGUGAUCGCGAAGAGGUGACAUGUCGCGAAUCUCGAGUCGCGUGUCCAACGGCGCCGCGGCGCUCGGCGUCGUUCUUCUGGUGGUAUUCAUAGUGAUAUUAUGGACUGGUGUGCACACCUCGAACGAGGAAAUAGAGGCCGACGGACGCCUGGAUCCUGGGACGCAGGCUUUGGAUGGAUUGACGAAGGAGAGAUUGAACGAGACUAGUACCAUCAGGAGCGUUACUUUUCACGAGGAGAGCUUCUCGAACGAAGUGAUUCCGAAAUCGGAGACAAUUUCGAGGAAGCAGGAUAAGCCGGAUUUGGAGUACAUUAAGUUGAGGAAGAUCAACGGGAAUCAGUAUGAGGAUACGUGUAAAGUUUCGACAUCCCAGAACCAGCAUAGUGGUCACUUCCGGCAUGCCACAGCGGAAGUCUGGGACACUUAUCCUCAGUACGAAUUCACUGCCUUCGGGAGACAAUUUCGCUUACGUUUGGCGCAUGACACCAGUUUCGUCUCGCCAAAUAUUAAAAUUACUCACAUGAGCACGAAUUCAUCCAGAAGGGAACAUCCGGGCAAUGAACUUGGAUGCUUUUACAGCGGCACCGUGGACGACGAUCCUUAUUCCGUUGUCACUGUCAGCCUCUGCCACGGAAUGACGGGCCACGUGAGAACGUCGACAGGAAGCUACAUAAUUAAACCGGCGGAGCCGUGGCAAGGGAACGACAAAGAUUCUUUGGACUCCUCGUUGCAGCACGAGAUCCAAAGGAUGAGGACACGGACCAAGGAUUCCAACCACGUGUACGACGCCGAUGACCAGAGGAGCCACAAUUGCGGUGUAAUCGACCACGACACGUCAGCUCCCAUUUUGGACGACACUACGUCGGACAUUAAAGUUUACGCCGGUGGUCGAACCCGAAGACGCAGAUCGUUGUCCAAAAAAAGGUACAUAGAUUACACUCCGAGCGAAGAGGAGAAUCAGCAUUUGGUGGGACAGAGUGUGGAGCGUCGAGGGUUUUUACAAAGCGAUGAAAUGAAAAAUUGCAGAUACUACACCGUGGAACGGAGAAGAAAUGAUCCUAGGGAGGUCUACAGCCAAGUCUCGGAAAUGGAAUCGGAUCCGUUCGUGACUUGGCGACCACGCCGGGCCCUGCCACGUAAAUAUUUCAUCGAGAUCAUGGUGGCGGCCGACGCCGAGAUGGUGAAAUACCACGGCAAAAAUCUGACCAGGUACAUUUUGGUCCUGAUGCACACGGUCUCUCAGAUCUAUAAAGACCAAUCGAUCGGAAAUCCCAUAAUCAUUUCCGUGAUGAAAAUCGUCCAAGCCGAUAUACUAUUCGCGACCAGACGAAGCAGACGGGGAGGGGUGAUCGCGGACGACAUGCUGAAGCAAUUUUGUCACUGGCAGAAAAGCAACAAUACGAAUGUAUCGUCGCCGGAUCACCAUGACGCGGCUCUCCUUCUAACAAGGCAUAAUCUCUGUCACAAGCCCGAGGACGUGCACUGCGACACUUUGGGCCUGGCCAAGCUGGGACAAGUCUGCGCCCCAAGAUUCUCCUGCGCUAUUGUUAUGGACAACGGUUUGUCCGCUGCGUACACCAUCGCCCAUGAGAUUGGUCACCUAUUAAACAUGCCCCAUGACGAUGAGAAACAGAAGUGCAGCAAGUACGUGAACGGCACACACGUGCAAAACAUUAUGUCCACGGCGAUGGACAACAACACUUAUCCAUGGGAAUGGUCGAAUUGUUCCAGACACUACGUCACCGACUUCCUCGAAGCCGGCCACGGCGACUGCCUGCUCGACGAGCCCGACGAGAUCAUGGAGAAGGAGGACACGAGUAGACUGCCCGGCGAGGAUUACUCGACUAACAGACAAUGCGAGUUGAGCUUCGGCGCCGGGUCCAGAUUUUGUCCCCGGUUAAGUAAGGUAUGCAAGAAAUUAUGGUGCACCGCACCAGGCCGGGAUGACCGUGGACAAUGUUACACGGAGCAAUCGCCAUGGGCGGAUGGAACCCCGUGCGCUGACGGGAAAUGGUGUUAUCGUGGCAAGUGCGUCUCCCGUAGGAAUCUCGAGCCGGUCGACGGCCAAUGGGGCGAAUGGGGACCGUAUGGUCCGUGCUCGAGAACCUGUGGCGGCGGUGUGCAGAAGAAAAAGCGGGAAUGCAACAAUCCUCCGCCGGAACACGGCGGCAAUUACUGCGUCGGUGACAGCGUUUACUAUAGCAGCUGCGGGACUGACGAGUGUCCACCUGGAAGUCCGGAUUUCAGGGGACAACAGUGUUCAGGUUUCGACAACAACACCAUGGACAUAGAGAACCUUCCGAGAGAUGUGAAGUGGUUUCCCAAGUACCUCGGCAUAUCGCCGGAGAACCGCUGUCGAUUGUACUGCCAAACGAUCAGCCAUCAGAACAUCUAUGAGUACAAGAUGAGGGACAAGGUGAUAGACGGGACACCGUGCGGCCUGGACAGCUUCGACGUAUGCGUGAACGGCUACUGUAAACCAGCCGGAUGCGAUCACGUUUUAGACUCGACCGCGGAACUGGACACUUGCGGGGUAUGCAGGGGUGACAAUUCCACCUGCCAGAGGAUCACGGGCUCCUACAAUUACACGAAUCAGGGUUACAGGAGGGUAACAACGAUACCAGCGGGCAGCAGCCACAUUGACAUUAGACAGCACGGCUGGAUGGGAUUGCCCAACGAUACCAAUUAUCUUGCAUUGAAACUGGCAGAGAAUGGGAAAUAUAUUCUCAACGGGCACUCGAAACUGAUGCUCGGUAAGGUAAUCGCCAUUGUGGAAUCCGGUAUCACUAUCGAGUACAGCGGACCUGAUUCGGUCGUAGAACGUCUGAACAGCUCCAGAUCGAUCGGCACCGAUUUGAUAUUGGAAGUGUUGGUAUCGAACGAAUAUAAACCACCUCAAAUCACAUACGAGUACACAGUACCGAAGAAGAUCCUGAACAGCUACGCUUGGGUCCUAAGCAACUGGUCCGAGUGUAGUCACAUAUGCAAAGGGAUGAAGUAUCGUAAAGCUGAAUGUCGAAAUACCGAGAACAAAGACAUCGUUUCUAAUGAUUAUUGUCGUAAGGAAGAAAGACCUCGUGAAGAAAGCCAGAUAUGUAACAAUCACUGUAAUCUGAAGUGGCAAAUCACAUCUACAAACGAAUGUUCCAGUCACUGUGGUUUGGGUACACGAACAGUGACUUCGAAGUGUGUGCAGAUCUUACUGAACUCGGACGAACGUUCUCACCCUAUUCAAGAGAGAGCUUGUGCACAUCUUAAACGUCCUAAUCAAGAGGAGCCUUGUACAGGACCUUGUGACAGUUUUCAUUGGAAUUACACGGAAUGGGGCAGUUGCAGUGUCACUUGUGGAAAUGGCGUUCAACACAGAACAGCUAUUUGCGUGAACUCGAACGAGAGGCAUGUACCUGCAAACAAUUGCGACAGACAGGAGAAACAUCUGACGAGGCCAUGCGCUCAAACUGUAUGCCCCAAGUGGGAUUUUGGAAACUGGGAUCCUUGUUCAGUAAAAUGUGGAAUCGGCAAACAACAUCGAUAUUACUUCUGCCAUGUGAAUGGUCGUGUUGUACCAAACAACCAUUGCGGUGACCCACCCUCUGGGAUUACAAGGGACUGUAAUGCUGGACCUUGCAAACGCUGGCAGUCCAGUGAUUGGAGUUCGGUCAAUCUAACACCAAAUAAAUAUUCUUCUGAUCCACCGCAUGAAGGUUUUUCUCCGCAAGACAAUGAGGUCGAUGACAUCUCUUUCCAUUUUGGGUAUCAAUGGCAAGUUGGAUCAUACAAGGAAUGUUCUAGGGCAUGCAUCGGGGGCUUUAUCAACAGAGUAGUGAAAUGUGUUUCUAAUAACACAGGAAUCAUUGCUCCUGAUGUCUACUGUGACAAAAAGAAGAAACCGUCCACCAGAAUUGCUUGUAAUCGUCACCAAUGUCCAGAUUGGCAUACAACUGAUUGGAGUCAGUGUUCUGUAAAAUGUGGAUCUGGAUUCCAACAUCGGUACAUACGUUGUCAGAGUCCAAAUGGUACAAUCUUACCAAACGAGAAUUGUCAUGAGAGUCAGAAACCGACAACAGUACAGGUGUGCUAUCAGGCCCCGUGCAUGACUGGCCGGAAGCAUCACUCGGACACGAACAUUUACCGAACAUGGAAAACCUCUACCUGGAGUGCUUGUUCGAAAUCGUGCGGUAGCGGACUACAAAGGCGACGGGUGGAAUGCACGAUCAGGAGAGGAAACCAUGGGCCGCAAGUGACUGUUAAGGAUGAGCAAUGCACGAGGCUUGGCCUCAACAAGCCAAGAUCGCAGAGACCCUGCCGACGCGUUGCCUGUGACUAUAUUUGGCAGGAAGGCGCUUGGUCUGAGUGUUCAGAAAAAUGUGGAGAAGGGAUCCAACGUAGAACAGUGACCUGUCACCAUGUCGAUUCUUCUGGAUUCAUGAAACCAACACCCAGUGAUAACUGCCCAUUAGAUCAGAAACCAUCUACUAAGCAGAUUUGUAAAUUGCAAGAGUGUGAUGAUAAGUAUAUUUGGAACCCUGGCCGAUGGAGGAAGUGCAGUCACACUUGUGGGCAAAAGGGUCGUCAGACUCGACGACUAUUCUGCCGUGAAAGAACCAGCAGAAAGAAAGUAAAUCAUAGAUAUUGUCCUCUCCAAUUCAAGCCAAAGCGAAAGAGAAAAUGUAACCAAAGAAAAUGUUAUCCAAUAUCUUGUCUCGACGCAAAGGAUUACUAUAGAACAAACAUAGAUAGUGAGUACAGCUUACUUGUGGGUGGAAGGAACAUGUCUAUCUAUUGUCAUGACAUGUCAACUUCUCAACCUAAAGAGUAUUUGACAUUACCAGCUGGGAGUAGAGAGAAUUAUGCGGAAAUAUACGAUAAAAGAUUAAUAGAUAGUCAGUCGUGUCCAUACAAUAGAUGGAGAAAUAAUAAUAGUUGCGGCUGUGCUACUAAUACUGGGUCCAUUUCUGGUAAAACAAUGUUUAGAAGGGUACGAAUUGAUCCAAUUAAGCUGUACAUUUUAGAAAGUGAUAGUAUAUUCUCAUGGACAACAGGUGAAAAACGAAUAAAGUAUGGCAUGACUGGUGAUUGCUACAGUCAUGCGUACUGUUAUCAAGGGCGUUUUAGUAUUAAUUUAAGUGGAACUCAACUGAAACUAUCAUCAGAUGUUACUUGGAGGAGGACACCUGGAGCAUCAAUGGAAAUUAAUAAAAUUAGCAGUCAACAUGUCACUGGAAAAUGUGGGGGCUACUGUGGCUUCUGUAGUCCUGACAUUGGAUUAAAAUUAGACGUAUUGCCACCUUAGCCUUUGAUAUAAAGAGCUUACUAAUCUCU